AUGGACGAAACCGACGAGCUCCCUCAGCCCUAUAAUGCGAGAAGCCUCCAACCGGCUAAGCGCCGCGCUGUCUCUCCAUCCGACCAAGGGCGCAAGCUGAAGCGUCCUGGAAGGCGCGCCCAGAUUUCUACUAGCGAGCGUGAGGCCAUUCGUCAGCGCCAGCUUGAACGUGAGAAGGAGCAGGCUGCGACAGAGGCUGCCGAAGCCGAGAGGCAGCGGCUCCGCGGCAUAAAUGACGUUGUUAGAGAGCACUACAACAGCGUCCCUGAAAGGGGUAGGGACUGGCGCAGGACGGACAGCAAGAUCAAGGGUCUACGGUCGUUUAACAAUUGGGUCAAGAGCUGCAUCAUACAGCGGUUUUCGCCCGAUGAGGAUCAUGCCCCCGGUGCACAUGAGCGAGGCGUCUCUAGCGGGAAGCAGCUCUUGAUCCUGGAUAUGGGAUGCGGGAAGGGUGGCGAUCUGGGAAAGUGGCAGCAGGCACCACAAUCGGUCGAGCUUUACAAGUAUGAGCGGUCGGGGCGGCCGCGGUGGGAGAGGGGACAUCAAAACAGGAGACCGGCCCGCCUCUUCGACGGGCGAUUCAUGGUCAAGGACUGCUUCGGUGAGAGCAUCGAAGACCUUGAGAUUGUCCGACAGGUCGGUUUCGACCCUUCACCGAUGAACCGUCGCGGCUUCGAUGUAGUCAGUAUGAUGUUCUGCAUGCACUACGCGUUUGAGAGCGAAGAAAAGGCCCGCCGCAUGCUACGCAACGUUGCCGGCGCCUUAACCAAGGGUGGCCGCUUCAUCGGCUGCAUCCCCAACUCAGACGUCCUAAGUGAGAGGGUUCGCCAAUACAACGCCAAAACGGACGGACAAAAGCCUCAGGCGCCCAAGCCCGCCGCCCCUGCCGAAAAUGACGCUGAAGACGGCGAGCUUGAGGAAGGUGAGGCCGAGGCGGGAGCCGAGUGGGGCAACAGCAUCUAUCGCGUUCGCUUCCCCGGUCCCACUCCCGAGGAUGGCAUCUUCCGUCCCGCGUUUGGAUGGAAGUACAACUAUUUCCUCCACGAGGCUGUCGAGGAGGUGCCCGAGUACGUUGUUCCAUGGGAAGCCUUCCGCGCCCUGGCCGAGGAUUACAACCUCGAGCUGCAGUACCACAAGACCUUCACCGACGUCUGGGAGACCGAGAAGGAUGACGAGACCCUGGGCCCCCUGAGCGAGAGGAUGGGCGUCCGUGAGAGGGGUAGGGGCCCCCUCCUGGUGUCGGAGGAAGAGAUGGAGGCUGCCGGCUUUUACGUUGCCUUUUGCUUCUACAAGGUAUAG